AUGGCGGACUCUUACAACCCAUACACACAAUACCCAACGCCCACUCCAGGCGGAGUCGGUAAUUACCCACCAGAAGAACAGGCCCACCAACCUGCAUAUCCGUACCAGCAGGAUGCUUACGGGAGUCAUGGCACCGCAGAGCCGCAGCCAGGAGCGGGUUACACCUACGAUCCUCAGAUGCAACCGAACCGGUACCACCUAGCACCGGAUGUGUAUCAAAACAACGUACCCGAGAGAAGCCACACGCCAUCUGGACAGCCAGGUUAUCUUGGCCCAGUAGCUGCGUAUGGAAAUACAUCUGCACAAGAUGGAAAAGUGGCCUCGAACAUGGAAUACUAUAAUCCAGAUAGUCAGCCGCGAUACUCUCCGGCUCCGAGUGCCCACGCUCCCUCUGUACAUGUGUCAGAGGCUUCAGACGCGAGAUACGGAGACGACAGGCGCUCGAUAGGGGAGAAUGGCGAUGCCGAGACUGAUCGUGGCUUGGGCAGUUCGCUUGCAGGUGGUGCGGCGGGGUAUUACUUCGGCCACAAGAAAGACCACGGACUGCUAGGUGCGCUUGGUGGUGCGAUUGCUGCAAACUUCAUAGAGGGCAAGAUUAAGAAUAACCAUGACGACGACUCUUCUAGUCAGCAGGAGAGUAGUCAUCACGAGCACAGUCACCACAGUCACCACAGUCAUCAUGGACAUCACCAUCACCACCAUCAUGGACAUCAUAGUCGGAGUUCAAGUCGCCAUUCUCGGCACCGCGAGGACGAUGACUAUUGA